ACCAAGAGAUUUUUUUAAAUUAAUUUAAAUUUAAGUUCUAUUAAUUUAAUUUUAGAUUUAUAAAUUAAAAUGACAUUGAAAUAAAUAUGAAUAACAAAGGUGAGAAAACUUGUGAUUUGUGUAAACAAACAUCCAGUACCGAUGAGGAAGAUGUUAUCCUUUUUGGAGAAUGGAUGACAAGAAGUAAUAUAACUGUUCACUAUUAUUGUUUGCUCCUUUCGACAAACUUGCCACAGAAUGGUGAAGAUCACGGAGGAAUAUUGGGAUUUCAUUUGCGUGACAUACGAAAGGAAAUAAAAUUGGCGACGAAACGGCAUUGCAUGUAUUGCAACGCAAAUUAUGCUACAAUAAUGUGUCAUGGUUGCAAAAAAUAUUUCCACCUAAUUUGUGGUCACACCAAUAAGUGUCUGUCGGAGUUUAUUGGCGAGUUCAAAUCAUAUUGUAGGAACUGUGUUCCUCUCAGCGAUGAACAAAAGGCCCUAAUGAAAUCUAAUCCCCAACCAAACAAAGCUGCGUGCUAUAUAUGUAGACAAUAUAUGGGAAUAUACAGUCCGACUAAUUGGAUUAGUGCGAAAUGCUGUAAAAAUGGGUAUGUUCAUAGUUUAUGUCUAAAGAAGUAUGCUUUGAAGGCUGGCUACUAUUUGAAGUGUAUAUGGUGUAAAAAUAAAGAGUUUCGAGAAGAUAUCAAAUAUAUGGGUAUAUUUGUGCCUGAUCGUGAUGCAGAUUGGGAACGUGAAAAAGAUGCAUACAGAGAUUUGCAUCGAUCCACAAAGCGUUGCGACAUGACACCAUGCAAUUGUCCGAAAGGGCGGGUAUAUACAUCACCCAAAUGGUCAAUCAUAAGAUGUACCUUGUGUGGUCUUGUUGGGGCCCACAAUCCAUUUUGUAUUCCCGACACAGACAUUCCAGUACGAGAAUUUAAAUGUGAUACAUGUUCGGUAACGGAACGUACCAUAGUUAGAACAUUAUCAGAAACUCAUCAUUUUGAAGAGAUAUCUGAUUUAGAUAUAUCCUUGAGGGUAAAUAAAGGACCAACUAUUGAAAAUUUAGAUGAGCAGUGCAGUAGUGUUAGUACCGAAAUAUCCAAUGAUUCGAUAGCAACAGCUGUAAAUCCAUCAUUGGAAGGUUUAAUUCCACAUUUAACACAAAAUUCCGAGGAUUUGCAAACGUCGAAAGGGGAUGAAAAAAUAGGAUCAAUUGAUUUGGCAGCAAAAAUGUGUGAAGUCACUCCUAGUAGUAGCAGCCAUUAUGAAAAGAACUCCACAUUACAUAAAAGUAUGAAUCGAAUAGAUGGCAAUGCAAAUGAUCAUAAUAUGCAACCCGCUACGGAAGUUAUAAAUAUGGAAAUACACAGGAAUUUACAACAAAUUCAAAAUGAAAGCAAUAUUCGAGAUCAUGACAUGCGAUUGACUGUUGAAGACAAAAGCACUGCAAAUAACAGCGAUGAUGAAAAUGCAGAGAGUGAUGAAGAUCCACCUGAUUAUGCCAUUGAUAUGGCCGUUGAUCAUUUCCUAUCUGUCUUUGGAUUCAAGUGAAAAAGACUUGAUUCCACCAAAAUGUCGGCAGCCACCUGUGUUGAUCGCAGCGUACAUUCAGCCAAUAUUGAGGAAAUUCAUAAUGUGCCAAUGCGAGUUAUACAUCGACCCAUCCCACCAGUAUUAGAUG